AUGUUUGAUCCAAUUGGACUUAUUUCUCCGUUCACAAUUAGGGCGAAAAUGAUACUUCUAGAAAUAUGGAAGAGAAGACUGAAAUGGGAUGAACGCUUACCCCCGGAUUUGGCGAAAACAUAUCAGGACUGGUGUGAAGAAUUGCAAUACUUAAACAAAGUGACGUUACCACGACAUUUAUUUGAACUAAAAGAAAAUGACGAAUUAACUAAAUGGCAACUUCAUUGUUUUGUGGAUGCAAGCAAAACAGUCUAUGGAGCUGUAAUUUAUUUACGUUACGGCGAUUUAGUUGGAAACUCUUGUUCGGUUUUAGUAGCUUCAAAAUCAAGAGUUGCACUAGUGCAUGAAAUUACAAUACCUAGGCUGGAAUUUCUUGCACCGGUUGUAGGAGCUAGAUUAUUUCAAUACAUUCGAAACAACUUGGAACUUCCGAAGGAUACUAAAUUUUGUUUCUGGUCUGAUUCAACGAUUGUUCUUCAUUUGAUCAAAGGAAAUUCUCGAAAAUUGAAGGUGUUUGUAAAAAACAGAGUUGAAGAAAUAAGGACUAUUUCUAAUUCAGAUUGGUGGAAUCACUGUUCCGGAAAGGAAAACCCAGCAGACUUGCUGUCUAGAAGAGACAACUUAGUUGCUCUUAAGAAUAAGGAACUGUGGUGGAAUGGAUCACAUUGGAUAAGGAAAGACGCAGACCACUGGCCGCAAUCGAGUAAUGAAACUUCUGAUUCGUUUGAAGCUGAAUGCGAAAUAGAAAAUGCUAUUACUUUUUUUAGUAGGAACUGA